GAGCCGGGAGGCGGCGGCCGCGCGGCUGCUGCUGCUGCUGCUGCUGCUGCUGCAGUGGGGCAGGUGGCGACGACUGGCGGCGACCGAGACGGCGGUUUAACCCAGAGACUGACUUCACCAUAGAAACACCCAUAGUUAUAUCAAUGGUUGGGGCAAGAUAGUGGCAACAGGCAAAGGAAAAAUAGCUUUGACAUCCUAAGGACAAUGAGUAUGCUAAAACCAAGUGGGCUUAAGGCCCCUACCAAGAUCCUUAAACCUGGAAGCACAGCUUUGAAGACACCUGCUGCUGUUGUAGCUCCAGUGGAAAGAACAACAUCCAGUGAAAAAGCAUCAAGUGCGCCAUCCUCUGAGGCACAAGAGGAAUUUGUGGAUGACUUUCGAGUCGGGGAGAGAGUUUGGGUGAAUGGGAAUAAACCUGGAUUCAUCCAAUUUCUGGGAGAAACCCAGUUCGCACCUGGCCAGUGGGCCGGGAUUGUUUUAGAUGAACCCAUAGGCAAAAAUGACGGUUCAGUGGCAGGAGUUCGGUACUUCCAGUGUGAGCCUCUAAAGGGCAUAUUCACCCGCCCUUCGAAGUUGACAAGGAAGGUGCAGGCAGAAGAUGAAGCUAACGGCCUGCAGACGACUCCUGCUUCCAGAGCGACUUCGCCUCUGUCCACCUCAACGGCCGGCAUGAUGACCUCGUCCCCAGCAGUCCCUUCAAAUAUCCCCCAUAAAUCGUCCCAGCCAACAGCAAAGGAACCUUCAGCUACGUCUCAGAUCAGCAACCUUACAAAAACUGCCAGUGAAUCUAUCUCCAACCUCUCAGAGGCCGGUUCAAUCAAGAAAGGAGAAAGAGAGCUCAAAAUUGGAGACCGAGUAUUGGUUGGUGGCACCAAGGCUGGCGUAGUCCGGUUUCUUGGGGAGACAGACUUUGCCAAGGGGGAAUGGUGUGGUGUGGAGUUGGAUGAGCCUCUUGGGAAGAACGAUGGGGCUGUUGCUGGAACCAGGUAUUUUCAGUGCCAACCCAAAUAUGGCCUGUUUGCUCCUGUCCACAAAGUAACCAAGAUUGGUUUCCCUUCCACGACACCGGCCAAAGCCAAGGCUGCCGCCGUGAGGCGAGUGAUGGCGACCACGCCCGCCAGCCUGAAGCGCAGCCCUUCCGCCUCGUCUCUCAGCUCCAUGAGCUCAGUGGCCUCCUCCGUGAGCAGCAAACCCAGCCGUACUGGAUUAUUGACUGAAACCUCCUCCCGUUACGCCAGGAAGAUCUCCGGCACCACUGCCCUCCAGGAGGCCCUGAAGGAGAAGCAGCAGCACAUUGAGCAGCUGCUGGCUGAACGGGAUCUAGAGAGGGCGGAGGUGGCCAAGGCCACGAGCCACGUGGGGGAAAUAGAGCAGGAGCUAGCUCUGGCCCGGGACGGACACGACCAGCAUGUCCUGGAAUUGGAGGCCAAGAUGGACCAGCUGCGAACGAUGGUGGAGGCUGCUGACAGGGAGAAGGUGGAGCUUCUCAACCAACUUGAAGAGGAGAAAAGGAAGGUUGAGGACCUUCAGUUCCGUGUUGAGGAAGAAUCCAUCACGAAAGGCGAUCUUGAGCAAAAGAGCCAGAUUUCUGAAGAUCCUGAGAAUACGCAGACCAAACUGGAGCAUGCCCGCAUUAAGGAGCUUGAACAGAGCCUGCUCUUUGAAAAGACCAAAGCUGACAAACUGCAGAGGGAGUUAGAAGACACUAGGGUGGCUACAGUGUCAGAAAAGUCCCGUAUAAUGGAGCUAGAAAAAGAGCUAGCACUGAAAGUGCAGGAGGUGGCUGAGCUGCGGAGGAGGCUGGAGUCCCAGAAGCCCACUGGGGACGUUGACAUGUCGCUCUCCCUUUUGCAAGAGAUAAGCUCUUUGCAAGAAAAAUCAGAAGCUGCCCAUGCUGACCACCAGAGAGAAAUCACUUCCCUGAAGGAGCAUUUUGGAGCCCGUGAAGAGACACAUCAGAAGGAGAUGAAGGCUCUUCAGGCUGCCACAGAGAAGCUUUCCAAGGAGAACGAGUCCCUGAAAAGUAAGCUCGAUCAUGCCAACAAGGAGAAUUCCGACGUGAUAGUCCUGUGGAAGUCCAAGCUGGAGACGGCCAUCGCGUCGCACCAGCAGGCGAUGGAGGAGCUAAAGGUGUCCUUCAGCAAAGGGGUCGGAACGGAGACAGCAGAGUUUGCGGAGUUAAAAACACAGGUGGAGAAGAUGCGACUAGAUUACCAGCACGAAAUAGAAAAUCUGCAGAAUAAACAAGACUCUGAAAGGUCUGCUCACGCCAAAGAGAUAGAAGCCCUAAGGGCUAAGCUGAUGGCUGUCAUUAAGGAGAAGGAGAGCAGCCUAGAAGCCAUCAAGGCGAAACUGGACGAAGCAGAAGACCAGCAUCUAGUAGAAAUGGAGGACACCUUCAACAAAUUGCAGGAAGCUGAAAUAAAGGUAAAGGAGCUAGAGGUCCUACAAGCCAAAUGCAGUGAACAAACCAAGGUUAUUGGUAAUUUUACAUCACAGCUCAAGGCUGCCGAAGAAAAGCUCUCGGAUCUUGAUGCGCUUCGGAAAGCCAGUUCCGAAGGUAAAUCGGAAAUCGAGAAACUUAGACAGCAGCUUGAGGCAGCUGAGAAACAGAUUACAAAUUUAGAGAUUGAAAAGAAUACUGAAAGUGGCAAGGCUAGUAACAUUUCCAGGGAGCUUCAGGGGAAAGAGCUAACACUAAAUAACCUUCAGAAAAACUUGAGUGAAGUCAGUCAAGUGAAAGAGGCUUUGGAGAAAGAACUUCAGAUUUUGAAAGAAAAGUUUGCUGAUGCUUCAGAGGAGGCGGUCUCUGUUCAGAGAAGCAUGCAAGAAACAGUAAAUCAGUUACGUCAAAAAGAGGAACAGUUUAACGCGCUGUCUACCGAAUUGGAGAAGUUGAGAGAAAAUUUAACAGAUAUGGAGGCAAAAUUCAGAGAGAGAGAUGACAGAGAAGAGCAGUUGGUAAAGGCAAAGGAAAAGUUGGAAAACGACAUUGCAGAAAUUAUGAAAAUGUCUGGAGAUAAUUCUUCUCAGCUGACAAAAAUGAACGAUGAGCUACGUCUGAAAGAAAGAACCGUAGAAGAAUUACAGCUAAAGCUCACAAAGGCUAAUGAAAAUGCAAGCUUUCUGCAGAAGAAUAUUGGGGAGGUAACUCUCAAAGCGGAACAGUGCCAGCAGGAAGCAGCUAAAAAGCAUGAGGAAGAAAAGCAAGAACUGCUGAGGAAAUUGUCGGACCUGGAGAAGAAGGUGGAAACGAGCCACAACCAGUGCCAGGAUCUGAAAGCUAGGUACGAAGCAGCCAGUUCAGAGACGAAGGCGAAGCACGAAGAAACCCUGAAGAGCCUACAGAAGAUGCUGCUGGACACAGAGGAGAGGCUGAAGGCCGCACAGGAGGAGAACAGUGGCUUGUUGCAGGAGAUGGUGGAACUGAAAAAGCAAGCCGACAAGGCCAAAGCUGCUCAAACAGCAGAAGAUGCCAUGCAGAUAAUGGAACAGAUGACCAAAGAGAAGAGUGAAACUCUGGCCUCCUUGGAGGAUACCAAGCAAACAAACGAAAAACUACAGAAUGAAUUGGAUACACUUAAAGAAAACAACCAAAAUGUGGAAGAGCUGAACAAAUCAAAAGAGCUUCUGACGUUUUUAGAGAAUCAAAAAAUGGAAGAAUUCAGGAAAGAAAUGUAAAAAACCCUCAAGCAGGCAGCAGCUCAGAAGUCCCAGCAGCUUUCAGCAUUGCAAGAAGAGAACGUGAAACUUGCUGAGGAGCUGGGGAGAAGCAGGGACGAAGUCACGGGUCAUCAGAAGCUAGAAGAAGAGAGAUCUGUGCUCAAUAAUCAGUUGUUAGAAAUGAAAAAGAGAGAAUCCAAGUUAAUAAAAGAAACCGAUGAAGAAAAAGCUUCCUUGCAGAAAUCCAUCAGCAUUACUAGUGCCUUACUCACCGAAAAGGAUGCAGAGCUGGAAAAACUGAGAAAUGAGGUCACGGUGCUCAGGGGAGAGAGCGCCUCCGCCAAGUCCUUGCACUCAGUCGUCCAGUCUCUGGAGUCCGACAAGGCGAAGCUUGAACUCCAGGUAAAGAACCUGGAGCUUCAACUCAAAGAAAACAGGAGGCAGCUCGGCAGCUCCUCAGGUAAUACUGAUACUCAGGCAGAAGAGGAUGAAAGAGCCCAGGAGAGUCAGAUUGAUUUCCUAAAUUCAGUAAUAGUGGACCUUCAGAGGAAGAAUCAAGACCUCAAGAUGAAGGUGGAGAUGAUGUCAGAGGCAGCCCUGAAUGGGAACGGCGAUGACCUAAACAAUUAUGACAGCGAUGACCAGGAGAAACAGUCCAAGAAGAAACCUCGCCUCUUCUGUGACAUAUGUGACUGCUUUGACCUCCACGACACAGAGGAUUGUCCCACGCAGGCGCAGGUGUCAGAGGACCCCCCCCAUUCCACACACCACGGCAGUCGGAGCGAGGAACGCCCGUACUGUGAAAUCUGCGAGGUGUUUGGGCACUGGGCCACCAACUGCAACGACGACGAGACUUUCUGAUGAAGCCCCGGCCCCUGCCCCGCGCCCGGCGCCUCCCCCGCACCGGCUCCUCCCGGCACCGGCUCCACCCGCACCGGCGCGGAGGCAGCUGGACACCAGCAUUGUGCGGCGGCCUUCAGCGGAACUCACGUUAUUUUUGACCCCCGUCAACAAAUCGAAGAGAAUAUUUUGAUCUUCAGUACAUCACCCUUUUAGUCCCCCCCCCAGAAGUUAAUAAAUACUUAGUAGGUGAGAUUUCACCUCUAAUUUGUCUUCUUGAUUUUUAAAAGUUCUAACAAGACGUUGCACCAGAUGCCAUUACAUUCACUGUCCCUAGGGAAGCCUCAUAGAACAAUUCCUACCCUUACAAUACCUUAUUUAAGUAACUUUAAAUUAUGCUGUUACUUUUCAUAUUUGCACUAAAAUUUUCCAGGCUGCAUUUGUAUAUUUAGAUGUUUUGGUUAAGCUUUGACACUGGAAUGAGUUGGAAAAAUGUGCCAUUUUGCAUUUUCAACUACUCAUUUAAAGUAUUUUAUUCUUAAAGAAGUAUCUGAGCUCUUUGCACUACCUGAUGUCAGUAGUGCCUUUAUUUCAGGCUUGAUAAUACUUAGGUGUGAUUGUAAAAUCAUGAAACAGGUAACAGGAGGGGAAGCCCCCAAACUGCUGUGGGGACAUUUUAUAAUCUAUAUGCUGCACCUACUUACUCUACUGUGGUGUUUUGUUUAUUGGUUUUUGCAUAAUUUCAGCUUCUAUAUAUUAUAUGUAUAUAUUUUUAAAAAAUCUAUAUUUUGGGACAAAAUACAAUGUCUUUCUUUUCAGAUUUUUACCUUUAUGAAAAAGAAAACACAUCAGGACAUAAUGGACUAGGCCCGAAAUGAUAUCACGUGGCUUUGCAACUAGUUUUUUUUUUCCGUUUUCAUUUUGUUUCUUUAUCAGAUAUAAAUACCUGGGAGAAUUUCCUCUAAAUCUUUUUCUUUCUUCAGCAGAUAUCCCCAGCAGUCAGUUAAUUAGAUAAUAAGCCACUAUUAAAAUACCUAAAUUAACCAAUCUACAACCUUUACAAGUUUUUUAAAAACUGUUUUUAGAUGAAUGUACGAUGAGAAAUUCAACAUUGAUAAUUUUGGAUUUUCUUAUCACAAAAAAUAAAAUGAAGGACCUCAACCAUCAGAAGUUUAUCAACCAGUUUGAAUCUAUUUAUCUCACUUGAAUGUCUUCUACAAUAUGUAAAAAGUAAUGUAUCUUCCGUGCUACAUGUAUAAUAAGAACUUCUAUAAUUGUAUAUAUGCCUUUGAUGUAUUUUUUCCCUCAAGAUUAUCAAAUGUGUGUCUGACAAGUGAAAAAUCUGUAAUUAGUUAAAAUUUUUGGUUAUAAACAUUAUAAUAGGAAGUGUUUCACAAACAAAAUGUAAAGCAGUAUUAAAAUUUGAGCAAACGAGUGUUCUGUAUCUACUUUAAUAAAUGGUUAUUCUUUUUGCCAGUGGUAGUAAACAUAUUCUUCCCAGGUUUAUUUGUCAUAAUGUUUUCUUUUUCUUUAAAUGAGUGUGCACUAUAGAUCCAAAUAGUAAUUUCUACUGCAGUCUUGUUGAUAAACAGCUUUUAAGAAAUUGAUAUAUCCUCAUCUCAAAGCAUCCUAUGACCCACUUAAAAUAAAUACCUAAGGUUGUUAUCCAUUGCUAUAUCACACUGUAUUACCUGACAAAAUAUAAAUGGCACCACGUAGCACCAACUACCUAAUAAUCCGUGAUGUUUUGGAAAGAAACCCUGAAAAUUGCUGUGAUAUUUAGCAAAAUGAUUACUGAACCAAACAUUUGUUUUAUGAGCACAGACUCCCCAACAGGUCGAUAUUUCCAAAGCAGAGUUAUUAGUUGAACAAGAACAAUACUUUUACCUCCUUAAAUGAUACCUUGACACUAGUCCUUGACUUCACUACUAACCAUAGGGAAUUAAAAGACUCAGACUGUUUUAACUUAUUGUGGUAAUCGUUUCGCAGUAUAUACUUACAGUCAAAUCCUGUUGUAUACACCUGAAACUAAUACGAUGUUAUAUGUCAAUGAUAUCAAUAAAAACUACGGAAGAAAA